AUGGCUACCGACUACUUUUCAGACAAUGAGGCCUUUAUCGUCAACCGACCUUUACCGACUCCAGCUGGCACACCGUACAUGUCCUCGCGACGGAGCUCAAGACAAGGCACACCAGCGAACGAGGUUCCCAGCUCGCCGCCUCCACUUCCACCAAGUCCCUACCCCGAUACGGACUAUCCUGGGAAUGAGACAGAGGACAAUGCAGCCAACAGCGAAGCCAUCUCAAUACUUGACCCGCGUCGCUUCACGCCAACACUUCACGCCAACCUGGUAUCUGAGAUCUUGAGCCUGCGACGAGAACUUGAUUCGAAGUACAAGUUCAUUGAGGAUACAGAGACAAACCUUCAUGCCGCACGAACGGAGAAUGAGUCGCUAGUGAAACAGUUGUCCUCAAGCGCGAAAGACAACCGCGUUGCGAAACGCCAACUUCAACAUUUCGAAAAUGAGAUGCUGGCCACCCUGGAAGAGAUUGCUGGCGAGCGCGACAAGCUGAAGGACAUCAAUGUAGAUCUCAAGAUAAAACUGGAAGUCGCCGAAAAGAGAUCACGCAGCCAGGAUGAUGACUCGACCCGUGUCCAUGAUAUGUGGGCCCGUGAGAAGGAGGUCUGGGCUGGCGAAAAACGAACGCUGGAGCGCAAAGUUCACAUAUCAGAAGCGCGGCUGAAGCUUUUCUUGGAUGAGCUCGCCGCUCAGGAGGCAGUCCGGGAAGAUGCUCGAGUCGAGAGUGAAGAAGAGGACGCAAAAGAUGGUGCAGGCGCCGAAAGCGACACAGCUAGCAUGCGCUCGUCGCCGCAGAGACGCUCUUCAACCCGAAUCGGGCGGCACUCGAGGAACCUCAGCAACGGCAGUUACAGGAGCAUUGGUCGGAACUACCGGAUGUCUCUGCUAAGCAACGAGGGUCACAAUCGAGGUAAUGGUCUGAGCCUUGCGGAUGAACUUAUCUUCGACGAGGAUGAAGAGUAUCUGGACGAGCUGGAACUUGACUCCGACGACUUUCCCGAGCAUGAGAUGCGAGCGAGAAGAGUCCUAGAGUCGCGAAUGUCCAUGAAUCCUGACGAUAAGGCGAAACGCAUCCUGGGACUUAACAGCGAUGUUCAACACUUGAACAAGGAGACCCUUGCAACGACCGAAGAGCAUGAGCCUGCUAAGUCAUCGUACGAAACUUCUCAUUCCGCCAUUACGAUCACACCCAGAGACAUUACUUUGAUCUUCCCACCGACGAAGCCAAUCUAUGUGGAUACAGGCAUCCAGCCCUCGCCACCCGCAUCGCCGGUGCUACCCACUAUGGCUGAGGCUUCUUCACAGACUGUCGACGAGACCCCUGUGCAGCCCAAGCCUGUGGAAAGCACACCGACUCAUACCGAGGUGGACGCAAUCCAGAGUCAAGCAAACCAGCGCAGGAAGCGCACUUCACUACUGCUAGAAUCCUCAAGUCCUGCAAGGAGCGGCAGCAGCCUAACGUCAUGUGCUAUGACUUCCAGUGCGGUUCAAACAGUCGAGCAACCACUUAGUCCUCCACCGACACCGAAGAUCGCCAUACCGACCGUCGACCUGCCCGCAGCACCCGUGUCGCCCGCUUUCAAAACUGAACUGGUGUCGUCGUCGACGCAGACAGAGUUUGUUGAGGGGGUUGCACAGCAGCCGGAAAUGAAACGAGCUGUUCGGCCUUCACCGAUCUCCAUACCAUCCAUCGCGAUCCACGCACCAGAUUCGGCACCAUCUUCGCCAAAAGACGCUCGACUACCUCCGGGAACCAAGACGAUCGCAACACAGACAACGAAUGAUCUUAUUGCACCGAUGCGGUCCUACGGCAUGCAGACCGAACCCAUUCGGGUUGACCAGCGGCCCGUCAAGCUGCCUCCUCACCUCUUGCCUUCAGCCAUAACUUCCAAGCCAUGCACCCCAGAGCCCAAGCAAGGAGUUUCUUCUGUUCUCAACGUCACUGAGCAACUCCCUGCUAAGUCAGCCACCCGCCAGGACCUUCUGGCGUUACUGGAGAAGGCUGCAGAUAACAAGGUAGAGAACCGCUACCCUUGGAAUAACGACAAUGGUCCUCUGCACCGCAAUCAUCCGGCCGAAAUUCUCAACAGACCUUUCCGGACAAGCAGCCUAUUUGCUGGCUUCGACGGCCCUUCAUCUGAUGACGAAGACUUUGCAGACAACAGCGACGAUGAUUAUCGUAGCCAGCCAUACGUGACUCCAAUGCUGUCAUCACGCAAUGCUAAGAGCGGCCGACCGGUCAACCCACCAACACCCGUACCAGAGGACAAGGAGCCAACACCACCUUCCAGGGUGUCUGAGGACUCUUUGCCCUCCCACCGAAUCGGUUCUGAGCGUCCAUCCCUCGAGAAAGCAGCAAAGAUCACAAAACGCAACUCAUUGGGACGCCAACCCAGUAUCCGACGAUCAGCCAUGAUCCAGUCCGGCACAUCAGCACACAUGAAGCCUAGCAUGAGCAGUCUGGGUUCCGAAACUCACAUCAAGCCGCCUUUCCCAGUACCCAUGCGAUCGAGCUCCCGCAACAAGCCAUUGAGCAAGAGCGAAGGUUCUGGAAGUCCUACACCUGGCAAUGGCAGCCCCUACGCCAGCCGUCGUAUCCAAGGUACUAAGCAUCAACGAAAGGACAGUCUGCGAAAGGUGCGCUCUGCGGCGCCAGUAUCUCGCACUGGACGGUCACGAAGCAGGUCACCCACCAUGCCUGCAACGCCCAGCAUCCCUGACACAGACUCAAUACCACCUCUGCCAAGCGAUAUUAUGAGUGCAAGUGGUAUGGGCCAUAAAUACCAGCGUUCCACAACCACUGCGUAUACUGCCAAUCAAUCAGUCGCCAGCUCCAAUUCGCAAGCAGGCGUCGUUGAUGCCAUCGCUGCGUCAAUGAUUGGUGAGUUCAUGUGGAAAUACGUGCGCAAGAGGAAGGCCUUCGGCGGACCCGAAACCAUAGACCGUGCAGCGGAAGAGGCUGCUCUGUCUAACGGUGGUGUACGUCACAGGCGUUGGGUGUGGAUCUCGCCAUAUGAGCGAGCCAUUCUUUGGAGCAGCAAGCAGCCGACUUCAGGGUCUGCUUUGAUGGGCAAGAGCGGCCGCAAGCUCAUCAUCCAGUCCGUUCUCGAUGUCACCGAUAACAGUCCGCCACCCAAAAACGAACAGCUCUUCAACCGAUCGAUCCUAAUCUUGACACCUGCACGUGCUCUCAAGUUCACAACUGUAUCGCGAGAGCGCCAUUACCUAUGGCUGACAGCUCUUUCCUUCUUGGCUCAUUCAAGCGCGCCCAUGCCUGAUCUGGGCGCUAUGCCUCAGCCACCACCAGUGGAGGACCUACCACAACGCUCAGGGGGCGCGAUUCUUCGCCGUUCCCGUGUGCAGGACUCAGUGCGUCUCGCGAAGGGCAGGGCAAAUCCCGUCAUGCAGCGAUACGCAGCGCAGAACGAGCCCAUUGCGAGCCUACCUUCGCUUGCUGGGUAUGAGGGAAUGAUAGAAGGAUCUGCCAGUCCACCUUCCAUUCCACGUGGUCCAGCUCAUGGUCGCAAGAGGAGCUCAACCGGUCCUGGUGCACCACCACCCAGCAUUCCCUUCCGAAGCUUUUCACACCAGCAAGUACCCUCAGUCUAUUCCAAUGGAUCUUCCGACAUGUACUCGUCCGCGCAACCUCCCUCGGUGCCUUCGUCGGUCUACAAUCCUACGAAUGGUGUCGUAAGCAGUCGCACAUCUGAGGCUAGUACGUCAACGCGUAGCCACUUCUUCGAUGCCAUGGGCACCGUCCGCAUGGAAGCUUUCAUAGACAAUGCUCUCGGUGAUACAGUUCAGCGCCAGGGACUGUACGCGAAGCCUAGAGGAGCCCGCCACCGACGCAGUAGCCAGUGGAGCGAUAGUGCGCGCGAGCGACCCAUGCGGGCAGCAGGCCUGUACGACGAUAUCGACAACGAUCCUUUCCGCGGUUUCUAA